AGUAUUCCAGUUUGAACAAUAGGUGUAGUUAGUUUACGUGCGCGUGAGUCACUCCGAGGCAACUUGUAUAGUAGGCUAAGUUACGCUGCGGGAAAUAGCCUUCUGUCCUUUCUUCGGGACAUCCGAUUAUUCCGACCUAAAGUAUACAUCUGUAAGCUAGUGUUUCAUAGGGAUCUAAGGGCUUGUUAAACAUACUCAUGCAGCAACCCAGUUAGCUAGUCGUGUGUUUAGGAUACCAAUACAAUCUGUAACUAAGCAGCUUGUCUUUGAACACCGACUAAUGUUCACGCGCGGAUCUAAAAAGCGUCGAUCGAAUCGUUCGGUGGAGGAUGAUGAAGCGGACCGAGGUCAGCCCUGCAGCCGCUGUGGAGAUCAGUGCCCUGGCUUCCGCAUGCAUGGCUGGAGGAAGAUCUGCGUUCACUGUAAGUGCGUGCGCGAGGACCACGUGAUGCGCUCCGUGCCCGGGCAGCUGGAGAGGAUGAUGAUGAAGCUGGUGUCCGACUUCCAGAGGCACUCCAUCUCCGACGACGACUCGGGCUGUGCCUCCGAGGAGUACGCCUGGGUCCCGCCCGGACUCAAACCCGAGCAGGUGUAUCAGUAUUUCAGCUGUAUUCCCGAGGACAAGGUGCCGUAUGUGAACAGCCCUGGAGAGAGAAACCGCAUCAAACAGCUCCUGCACCAGCUACCAACGCACGACAGCGAGCCCCAGUACUGUAACUCCCUGGAUGAGGAGGAGAAGCGGGAGUUGAGGCUGUUCAGCCAGCAGAGGAAGAGGGAGAACCUGGGGAGAGGCGCCGUGCGACUGUUCCCCGUCACCAUGACCGGGGCCAUCUGUCAACAGUGUGGCAGACAGAUCCGGGGGGGUGACAUUGCGGUGUUUGCCAGUCGGGCGGGGCACGGGGCGUGCUGGCACCCCCAGUGCUUCCUCUGCACCUCCUGUAAUGAGCUCCUGGUGGACCUCAUCUACUUCUACCAGGACGGCAAGAUCUACUGCGGCCGCCACCACGCAGAGAGACUGAAACCCCGCUGCCAGGCGUGCGAUGAGAUAAUCCUGGCGGAUGAGUGCACGGAGGCCGAGGGCAGACACUGGCACAUGAAGCACUUCUGCUGCUUUGAGUGUGAGGCGGCGCUGGGCGGACAGCGCUACAUCAUGAGGGAGAGCCGGCCGUACUGCUGCUCCUGCUACGAGUCCCUGUAUGCCGAGUACUGUGAUACCUGCGGGGAGCACAUAGGCAUUGACCAGGGGCAGAUGACGUACGAGGGGCAGCACUGGCACGCCAUGGAGUCCUGCUUCUGCUGCGGCCGCUGUCGCCUGCCCCUGCUGGGGCGGCCCUUCCUCCCGCGAGGGGGCCUCAUCUUCUGCUCGCGCCCCUGCUCCCUGGGAGAGGACCCCGAAAACUCAGACUCCUGCGACUCGGCCUUCCAGAGCGGAGGCGGUGGAGAGGCCGGACCCCAGCGCUCGCCCCCCGGGGCCAAGACCCAGGGCCCCCGGCCGCGGUCGUCCGAGGCCUUGCCUGCAGACACGGGCAACAGCUGCAGCAGCUUAGAGAUGGAGAACACUGGUCUUCCAAGCUCUGUGCCUCAGCCGACUGUACAAAAUGGUGUCGCCCUGCAAAAUGGACUCCCCCAAAACUCCCCUGCCCCUGUCCCACACAUCCACAUAACAAACGGUUGGAAUUACUUUGGGCCUAUUGACCCAUCGAUCAGCUGCCUGCUCUCUGGGAGUGACAGGUCUGAGCAUGCAGCCAGUGGCUCUGAACACUCGGGAGACUCUAAUAUCUAUCCCCACUACGGCUGCUCCUCCCCGAAAAUCACCUCCAGAGGAACGUCUACUGCAAAGGACUGUGGGAACCAGGAGGACCAAGUGGAACAGGGUGGACUAGUGUGCCACUCACCGCUUCACUCCAGGCCUGCGCUAGCCAAUCAGCUCUGUCCCGGAGAGCCUGGGCCCCGCCGGUCCCCGCCCCGCCCUGCCGAACCCAGCACUCCGCCCUCUGACCUCCCGUUCCCGCCUCCGCCGGAUCAGCUCGAGCUCCGCCCCCCACCGCCUCACACCCAACCCGCUCGCAGCGGCGCCGCCCGGGUCAGCUUCCGAGAGCCAAUCAGCUGCAGCUACCUGGUGGAGGAGGAAGAGGAGGGAGAGGACGAAGAGCAAGAACACCUGGAGGGAGAGGAGGCGACAGGAGGGUACGGCAGGAGGCUCCGCCAGGCCAGGCCCGGGAUUCCUCCACAGAUGGACUUACUGGACGGACCGUACCAACCUCGUGGCUACCGGCGGGGGGGUCGCCUGGCCUCCGAAUCUCCGCUCCACCUGGGAACGGAGCGGCGUUUCCGCCAUUCCCGCUCAGACAGACCCCGCCUGGACGCCCUGGAGUGGCGUGCGGACUCUGACAGAGGGUCCCCCAACCCCCCGGCCCUUACCCUCUACCCCGGACUGCACAAGCACGAAGACUGCUGCUCCACCUGCUCCUCGUCCUCCUCGUCUGAGGAAGAGGGCUACUUCCUGGGCCAGCCCAUCCCGCUGCCCCCUCAGCUGCGUCGCUCCCAACAAGCGGAGGAACGGAGGGAUGAAGGGAUGGGGGGAGGGAGAGAAGGAGGGAGGGAAGGGGGGCUGAGAAACAGCUUCAGGAGGGGAGGAACUGGCAGAACGCAGAGCUUCAGUGGAAAAGACAAAGAUAAGAACUGUGUGCUGUCUUAAGUCACACUCAGACUUCAUGAGAACUGUGUGCUGUCUCAGGCUGUCUGUGGUUCCACCUCUCCAACAUCCCCACCUCUCCAAACAUGACACGCAACCCAACAAGUGAACAGUAAUACAGAAUCAUAAAUAUCACACAUUAUGCCACAAAAUACCCAAUUCACUUUAAAAAUAAAUAAAUAAAUUCUUGUUUGUCAGGAAUCAAUAUGGGAUGUUGUUGCCGUGCAGGUUCAGUCCCUGAUUACUGUUGGCCAGUUAGACACAGUGGACCUGAGUGGGCCUAUGGUGGGCCCUCCUCGUUUGGGCUCUACGGAGUUUAGCAGUGCAUCUUCUAGGCAUUACGUUUAAUGCAUAAAAUUGAUUGGCAUCCAGAUGGCAUCUGUACCAUGCAGAUUAAUGGUUUGAUUAAUGGGUUGACUUCGUAGACACAGAUUAAGCCUAUUACUCAACUGAAAGGCACUUUGAAUGGCAAUUUUUGGUCCCUUUGUCCGGGAAUAAUCUCAUAAUCUCAAUCUGCGAACCGCUCAUGUUUUUCAUAUAUUCAUAUUCAUUUAGAUGUUUGCGCAUAUGCUUAUGCUGAAUGUUUAUAUUCUAGUCAUUAAUCUAAAAUCAGGCACCAGUUUAUUUUUAACAAAUUACUUUAAUUUGGAGAGCAAUGAUGAAAACAUAAAAUGCAACAAUCCCUUUAUGGAAAGUGCAUAUGGUUAGUUUUCACUGUGAUUAUUCAUUUACAGCGAGCUGCAGUGCUUCCUUGUCAGUCGCUGCCUGGCCCUGUUCCUGGAGACCUGCCGUCCUGUAGGUGUUCUCUCCAGCCCUAAUAGCACACCUCAUUCAGGACAUCCUGUUGGGCUGUUAAGUAGUAGAAUGUGAUGUGCCAAUUUAGCGUUGGAGUGAAAACCUACAGGACCAUAGAUCUCCAGGAACAGGGUAGGGCAGUCAUGCACUUGUCUAUUUAAGCCAACAUGAAAUUAUGAAACAGUUUCUGCAGUGGCGCACCUGACAGGAACACCUGACAGAAACCACUACUAAUGUAGUGGUUUCUCAUUUUCUGCAGUGUAUAUAACGUUUGAAUUUGGGAACUUGAAAUGACUUUGUUAUUCACUGUGAACCAGAAUUAAUGAUGUUGUAUCAUUAAGCCAUUUAAUAACAGGUUCAAACCAAAAUAUCACAUGGGGCAGUCCAUUUCUGACUGUUUUUUUCCAGUUUCAUACAAUUUUUCUAGAAACAUUUUACAACAUUAGAUCAGAGGUGUCAAUGCAAUGCAGAAAUCUCUGUGGUCUGUCUGUUGGUGUUUUCUGUGUCCCAAGAUUUACAGCAGUAAAAUGUACAAAAUUAAUGAGCCAGUUGUUAAUACUGAGAAGGGGAUGUUUAUGACAGUAGAAUAUCUUUAACUGUAAAAAAAAAGCACUUUAGAUGCUUAUGCCACACAGUGGAGACGGUCUGGAAAUCUGGGACAAGCCAAGCGGACAGAAUGGAGAUAGCUUUAAUGUUGUGUUUUGUAAGCUGUGUAAAAAAAAAAAAAAAAACAUUAAAAAAUUUGUUACAGAUUUUUUUAAAAGCAAAGUUAAAUUAUUUUUAUAUACCCUAUGGUUGUAGUUCCUGCUUUUUAAUGACCUGAGACUGUUUUAAUUCUUGUCAUUCCUGUAUGAACCAUUUUGGCAUUAUUAUUAUUAUUAUAUCAUUGACAUUGUGUGUGCAUGUUUGUGUCUGUGUGUGUCUGUGUCUGUGUGUGCGCGUACGUGCGCCUGCCUGUGUGAUUAUGACAGUUGUAUUAUUAACAGUUACCACAUAUGAUUGGCACUGUACAUUUGAAAUGAGGUCGUUUUUACACAGUAGUUUUUAUUAGUGUUUUGUCAUGGUUUUUGCCUCUUGAUUGGUCAGAACAGUGGUAAAAGAAAGUGGUGAGGAAGAUUCAGAAACCGAAUGUGCUUGUUGUAACUGUAGAAUGCACUCAUGGGUCAUUUCUCUCACUGCACCUCUGUCAUAUUAAAAGCCCAUCUGGGGCAAUGAUUGUCAUGAGCCACCAUUUCAUCCCAGCUGUUUUCACAUGGUAGCUGUGCUGAGUGUUAACUACUACUGUACACCCAGAGUCAGCUGCUACCUCUCACUGUUGAUGGCAGUCACUUUCUGCCCAUGUUAUCUGAAGACCAUUUUUCUUUGUAUGGUGUAUAAAAAGAGAAAUAAAAAUAUAUAGGAUAUUUAAAGCUG